AUGGCUAUGCCACCUGGCCCUCCACUGCUGGGAGUGCUGCUUACCAUUUCCCUGGGCUCCAUCAGGCUCAUUCAGGCUGGUGCUUACUAUGGGAUCAAGCCGCUGCCACCACAAAUUCCUCCUCAGAUCCCACCGCAAAUUCCGCAAUACCAGCCUCUGGGCCAGCAAGGACCUCACAUGCCUUUGGGGAAAGAUGGCCUUAACAUGGGCAAGGAGCUGCCCCGCAUGCAGUAUGGCAAAGAAUAUCCACAUCUACCCCAAUAUAUGAAGGAAAUUCAGCCAGUGCCAAGAAUGGGCAAGGAAGCAGCACCUAAGAAAGGCAAAGUAGAAAUACCAUUAGCCAGUCUACGAGGGGAGCAAGGUCCCCGUGGAGAGCCUGGCCCAAGAGGACCACCUGGGCCCCCCGGCCUACCAGGCCAUGGGAUACCUGGAACCAAAGGAAAACCAGGGCCACAGGGAUACCCAGGAAUUGGAAAACCAGGUAUGCCUGGAAUGCCAGGAAAGCCAGGAGCCAUGGGAAUGCCUGGAGCGAAAGGUGAAAUUGGACCCAAAGGAGAGAUUGGGCCUAUGGGGAUCCCAGGGCCGCAAGGACCUCCAGGGCCUCACGGACUUCCUGGCAUUGGAAAACCUGGUGGGCCAGGGUUACCAGGGCAACCAGGUGCAAAGGGAGAGCGAGGUCCCAAAGGACCACCAGGACCUCCAGGCCUUCAGGGUCCCAAAGGGGAGAAGGGCUUUGGGAUGCCAGGUUUGCCAGGCCUCAAGGGUCCUCCAGGGAUGCAUGGCCCUCCUGGCCCUGUUGGACUUCCAGGAGUGGGCAAACCCGGAGUGACAGGCUUCCCUGGGCCCCAAGGUCCCCUGGGAAAGCCAGGUCCUCCAGGGGAACCUGGGCCCCAAGGCCCUAUUGGGGUCCCGGGAGUUCAAGGACCUCCCGGGAUGCCUGGAGUUGGCAAACCAGGCCAGGACGGGAUCCCUGGCCAGCCAGGAUUUCCAGGUGGCAAAGGGGAGCAAGGACUGCCAGGGCUGCCAGGACCCCCAGGCCUUCCAGGGAUUGGGAAACCAGGCUUCCCAGGACCCAAAGGUGACAAGGGCAUAGGGGGUCUUCCUGGGGCUCUAGGACCAAGAGGGGAGAAAGGACCAGUAGGUGCCCCUGGAAUGGGGGGUCCUCCAGGAGAGCCAGGCCUGCCUGGAAUCCCAGGUCCUAUGGGUCCUCCAGGUGCUAUUGGUUUUCCUGGACCCAAAGGAGAAGGUGGGGUUGUAGGGCCACAGGGGCCACCAGGUCCCAAGGGCGAGCCAGGGCUUCAAGGCUUUCCAGGAAAGCCAGGUUUCCUUGGUGAAGUAGGGCCCCCUGGCAUGAGGGGUUUGCCAGGUCCCAUAGGGCCCAAGGGGGAAGCUGGGCACAAGGGUUUACCAGGGCUCCCUGGUGCUCCAGGGCUGCUGGGACCAAAGGGAGAACCAGGAAUCCCAGGGGAUCAGGGUUUACAGGGCCCUCCAGGCAUCCCAGGGAUCGCAGGCCCAAGUGGGCCCAUUGGACCACCUGGAAUGCCAGGCCCCAAAGGGGAACCCGGUAUCCCAGGGCCCCCUGGGUUCCCUGGAGUAGGGAAGCCUGGAGUAGCAGGACUUCAUGGGCCUCCAGGGAAGCCUGGUGCCCUUGGUCCUCAAGGCCAGCCGGGCCUUCCAGGGCCCCCAGGCCCUCCAGGACCCCCAGGGCCCCCAGCUGUGAUGCCCCCUACACCACCACCCCAUGGAGAGUAUCUACCAGAUAUGGGGCUGGGAAUUGAUGGAGUGAAACCCCCCCAUGCCUAUGGGGCUAAGAAAGGCAAGAAUGGAGGGCCAGCCUACGAGAUGCCUGCCUUUACAGCUGAGCUGACUGCACCUUUCCCACCUGUGGGGGCCCCGGUGAAGUUUGACAAACUGCUCUAUAAUGGCAGACAGAACUACAACCCACAGACGGGCAUCUUCACCUGCGAGGUUCCCGGGGUCUACUACUUUGCAUACCACGUUCACUGCAAGGGGGGCAACGUGUGGGUUGCUCUGUUCAAGAACAACGAGCCCAUGAUGUACACGUACGAUGAGUACAAAAAGGGCUUUCUGGACCAGGCGUCUGGGAGUGCGGUGCUGCUGCUCAGGCCCGGAGACCGAGUAUUCCUCCAAAUGCCCUCAGAACAGGCUGCAGGACUGUAUGCUGGGCAGUACGUCCAUUCCUCCUUUUCAGGAUAUUUAUUGUAUCCCAUGUAAAAAAAGAAAGAGAGAUUUAAUAGAAGAAAAGAACAUGACGCACCGAAAAAAUCCAAAUGAAAAACAUAAUUGCUUCAAAACAUUUAUAUAGUUGGAAAGUUAUAUUUAAGUGAAAAUCUAAACCAUCAUGUACAAAUAAAAACUAAGAUGCAUGUUUAAUGCUCUGCAUAGCAGCCUGUAAUUAAAAAUGAUGGGAUAGAUUUAUGUAUCAAGUACUGACACUUGUGCUGUACCCACUGGAAUCAUAAUAGCUAUUGUAUUGUUAUAUGCUUCCAUGAUAACCUGCUUAUUCAGAUCAGUCAAAAUAUUUCAGUAUGAAAGAUCAUAGCUAAUGAAAGUCACUUGCUCACAUUGUUUAAAGAUUUAUAAAUAUGGCUUAAGGAAAUGUCAAUGAUAACAAUUAUAUACCGUAUUUACUUGC